CUUUAUAAUACACUCUCAUAGUUUCACCAAUUUGUUCCAUCGUUGCUCCCAUCCUCCAACUUUGAUAACAACAACAACAACAGCAAACACUUCUUCUUCUGAGCCUUCUACCUUUCUUUCUUUCUUCAAUCAAGUGUGUCUCAUAAUACCAAUAUCCAAUUAAUUUCUAAGCAAGCGAGGUGAAGGAUGAUGCAAAUUUCGUCAAACAUGUACAUGCCUGAAUUUGGAAUGGAGGACCCCACUUUGUUUCAUCAAUACCCUAUGGAUUCUUCAUCAGCAUUAUUCCAGCUCGAAGAUCUUGACUUUGAGUCCUUCUCCGCAUCCCCAAAGAACUCUUCCUCUCACAAUAAGCGAUUAUUCAACUCAGAAAGCACACAAAACUCUUUCCACAAAAGUCCUCAUGAACAAUAUUCUGUUGCCCCACCAAGACCAACCAAGCAAAAUAAGACUGUGAUGAGCACUACUUGGAGUGCUUACAACGCUCAUCACCAUCAUCAUGACAUGGUGGCUCCGAAAGCUUCUUCUUCUUCGUCCUCCAAAAUCAUCUCUUUUGAUCAGCACUCCAAUGCAUCUUCUGUUAUUUCCCAACAACUCUACAACAACGUGGAUGCUGCUGCCAAAGUGAAGAAGCCUAAGAUUGAAACUGGGUAUGGUGAAAACUUGGAUUUUUCAGCAGCUGCUGCGGCUGCUUCUCAAAGUAUCUGUGACAACAACAGUUUUCUAGAUCACUAUGAUAAUCAAGAUAAAAAGGCUGCGGCUUCAACGACUAGAAACCCUACCCAAGCUCAAGAUCAUGUGAUAGCCGAAAGAAAACGAAGGGAAAAGCUAAGUCAGAGGUUCAUUGCUCUUUCUGCCAUAGUUCCUGGACUCAAGAAGAUGGACAAGGCUACCGUAUUGGAAGAUGCUAUAAAGUACGUGAAACAACUGCAAGAAAGGGUAAAGACUCUGGAGGAACAAGCUGUGGAUAAAACAGUUGAAUCAGCAGUUUUUGUGAAGAGAUCUGUUGUGUUUGCCGGCGUUGAUAGCUCCUCCUCCGACGAAAACUCCGACCAAUCGCUCCCCGAAAUGGAAGCAAGAAUUUCUGGUAAAGAGGUACUAAUCAGAAUUCACUGCGACAAAAACAGUGGAGGAGCUGCUGCUAUACUAAGGGAAUUAGAGAAGCAUUAUCUCACAGUUCAGAGUAGCAGCUUCUUGCCCUUUGGGAAUAACACUCUUGACAUAACUAUUGUUGCUAAGAUGAACAACGACUAUUGCUUGACAGCAAAGGAUCUCAUAAGAAGCUUAAGUCAGUGUUUGAGGCAGCUUUGAUAGUGAAUAAUAGUUAACCAGUUCAAGAAAUUCACUGAUUUAGCUACAUUUGAUUUGUUGUUGUGCAUGCAUGACUAUAGGAAAAAUACUUACAAUAAGAUUUUUUUUAUCUCAGAGCUUUCUUUUUCCCUAGUCCAUCAUCUGGAUUUUGGAGUAUAAUAUCAAUGUUCUGCGACUGCAACUGCCUUGAGUCUGUUAGUUAUGCUGUAGACUUCAAGAUAAUGCCAAGUGUUUUCCCUUUUUCCUCAUAGUUUUUGCGUAGUUGAUUCACUAGCUGCGUUAAUAUACCCCAUAAUGGCAUUUUCUAAUUUCCACAGCUUUUGUUGUUGUUAUUUUAUUUUAUUUUUUAUUUUUUUAAAGAGGGUUUUUAUGAGAGGAUUUGACUAUUCAAAUAGACCUCUUUCCAUUCUCUUUCGCUUUGUGAACAGGAUCCAGUUUAAUUGAAAAAAAUGCUGGCAGCAUUUAUUUUA